UGUCGCUCGCUCGACCACCCCAGUCAGACAACGCCUUCGACGCCGCAGCCACUGCCAAACCAGGAGCGUACUGAAGGUACGCCUCGUUCCGCCUCUCGAAGCUCAGGUCGCCCUCGCCCCGCUGAUAAUCCGCUCCCAUUUCGUUGAGCUCCUGAGAAAACACACAAGCAAUUCUGUCUAAGAAGUGCUGCGAUGAGGGACGGCACGUGAUUUUUACCUGAAUCGGGAAGACACUCCGCCUCUGAUCGAUGCCGCAAGUCUUGGCGAUCCUUCUCAGCCGCCUGGCCUCCUUGUCCGUGAUAUUCUCGCGAUAGAAGUUGACCAUGCUCUCUGCCGCCUCGAUCGUUGGAAUGACAUUCUCGGGAUUCGCCGUCCCGAUGCCCAGGAUGAACGGAUUGGAUGCAGUGCCCGCCAUCUGAGAUGUCUCCUGUUGCUGGGGAACGGCUGCCACUUGAGAGGUCUCUUGCCGUCGGGGCUCGGCAGAUGGACGAGUGGCGGGGAUUUCAGGGGCCAGAGGCUCGAGGUGCAGCAUUCCUGGCAUUGUGACAUGUCUUCUGUUUGGCCGCGCUUCUCUCGAAUGCGGGGACGCCGCCACCUUCCGUGUUGACGCCGCUGAGAUUUGUGGCGACAGGAGGGUGGCUGUUGGAAGCCUCUCGGACGCAACCGACGGUGCCGACGAAGCAAGAUGGGUCAGGUUACCACCUGAAGGAGUUAAUGUGAGAGACACAGCAAAAGGCAACGGUGGCAGGCAAUCAAAGGAGCGAACUCCUCCUUUCGUACCUGUUGACGGUGCACCAGGUUCUGAACGAUCCGAACUGCUGCUGCGUGGGGAAAGCGCUUCUUGUCGUCGUACGGUUUGUGGCAGGGGCCGGCCCUCCAGCUGAUCGUUGACGAUCCGUAUCAUCCCGUUGAGAGUGGGAUUCUCCAUGAGGGCUGCAGUGGGAAUCCUGACGCCGAGUUUGUCUUGCAUUGUGUUGCGAAGCUCAACGGCCGCCAAAGAGUCGACUCCGAGGUCUUGGAGCGGCGUGUCCAGGUCGAUUUGGUCGACCUCUGUCGGGUCAUCCAUGACGUCGCGUGCGACUUCCUCUGCGAUUCGACGAAUGGUUGCGGUCCGCUCGUCCAGAGGCAUUGCAAGGAGCCUCUGCUUCAGAGGAUUGUCGUCCUGGUCGUUUGCUGUGUCCUUGAUGGAUGUGAUGAGCUCCUCCUCUUGGACCCGCCUGUCGAUGUCGAUGAGCUGGAAAAGCGAAGCAGUCGUGAGAGGAGUCUCUUUCAGCACCCUCCACUUGAUGGGCUGGAUGCACAGCGGAGACAUGCAAGUCGCGGCGGACGGAAAGUGUCGACCGUGAAUCAAACACUCCACGACGAGCGGCUGGAUUGAGGACAGAGGAACGGACGGGAACAGGUGCUUGCUGUCGCUGUGAAUCAUCGUCUGGCCCGCCACGGGAGGCAAAGCGAUGGUCGCGACCUUCUUGACUCGAGACCGAAUGAAGGAUGCCAUCGCUGUGUUUGCGCACGAGACGAUCGAGCACUCCUCUUCCUUCCAGCUCAGGAUUGAAGCAGAUGACACGAAUACCGAGAGUGAAUCAAUCGGCGCCUCUGUUCGAAUGAUGGCCUCGCAUAGCCGUUUCAGAGGAUCCACGUCGCGCUGAUAGAGGUCUUCGAGAUCUUCUGCGGGCUUCAGCACGGUCCCUCCGACAUACAGGAUGGCGGGAGGACCCUGAUCAUGACGCGUCUCUUUCCUCAACCAUCGUGCAUAGUCCUCCUCGGAUUCCAACACGAUUGCGUCAGCAGCCAUGUCUGGCUCCUCGGCCUCAUUGCUGGUGUGCACUCGGGUGAACGACACACCCGCUCCUCGCAACAUUUGAGACCAUUGCUGCACGCUCUCCGCAUCGCCGAUGACGGUCACCCUCUCAGCAGCAGAGACUGCUCUGUCUUGUUCGCCGUCCGCUGAUGCGUCAUCGGCCUCUAGAUCCUCCAAAGAUACCGGCUUGAGUCGGCGUACGUACUGCACACCAUUCCGGAUACUGAUCUCGGGCUCAAACGGCUCAUCCUGUGACCUCGGCACCACCGAAAGGAGAAGCUCCUUGGCGGUGCUCCGAUCUAUCUCGAUGACGUCAACACAACCGAUGCGGACCAAGCGGCUGACUUCAGCUUCGAUGCUCAGCUUCGUCGAUCUCGCAAGGCCGACGAGGCCACCGUGGUGCGGCAUCCUGGGCAGUUUCUCUCCAUCAAUGGCUGUUGCUAGGCCGCGUGUCACAAUCCACACCGGUGGCACUUCGUAUGUCCCACUUCGACCACUGAUGCCGUCCUGAGCAAUCUUGAGCGACUCUCGGAGCACUUCCAGGAGGCCUCUUGCGCCCGAGAGGACGUCAUGUGUUGAGUCCCAGAAGACGUCCGCCGCCCCCGCAAUGUACAGGAUGGCAGCCCAGCUCUUCGUGAUGAUCUCCUCAGCAGUCGGAAGCUGACCCAUCAGAUAAUAGGCGUGCUUGCCGGUCCCCACGAGGGCGAUUGAGAGGCGAGCCUGCAUCUCGUUGUUCAGGCCGACGAACAUCAAUGGAGGUCGUGUCUUGUCUCGCGGCUCAGCCUUGACCUUCGAUCGCGGCGUCCACUCGACUUGCCACAAAGAGUCCGUCGGGAGGGAGACAAAUGGAGAUUGUUCAGCACCAGCCCUGGUGACGCUCGUCUGGAGGGCCUCCAAGUAGAGCACUUCAUGGGAUUCACCACUGAAGGCCCGUACCGAGAAGGGGCCACUUUGCCCUGUGAAGCUCUCAUGAUGGCUCUGAACGUGUAGCCAUACAUCUUGCCCGUCCUUCAGCCGCCCUACCACCGCGUGAUUGAUCGCCACAGGUGUGACGUCAGACAUCUUCCGCGACACAGACGAGUUGGCGGUGUUCAUCAGGAUUGCAGGAGCGAGGGACGUGGCGAUCAGACUCAGUGCCGGUGGUGUCCUCCAGCCCAAGAGGGAGUCGCGUUUCCCCUCACCCAUCGCCCUUGUCGCGUUGACCAGCAGUUCGCCCUCUCCGACGUGCAACUCGGUGAUGGCGAAGCCACUCUCCUUCAGGAGGCUGCAGUCCCCAGCAGCAGCCUUCGAGAGACACGACUCGAGCUCCGUGCUCGUCUUGAGUGUACACCGUCCCUUGAUCUUCGCAGCGUCGUACACUGCCGGGACAGGAGGGGCAGACUGAAGUGAGAACUUGCCCUCCGCAUGCAGCUCUGUCGCGUCACGUGAUGUUGCGCUCUUGGAGCACGUCAAGACUGCCACCUCAUUGCCGUUCUUCCUUGUGCGGAUGAACUUGUCCUUGUCGCCAGGCCUCUCUCCUAAGAUCUUGCGCAGUGUGACUGGCUGCCUCAGCCGGAUACUUUCGAGGAUGAUCGUGUCAGCAGCCGCGUCUUCCUCGUACCGUUCUUUCAUACAGGCUGCGGCUGCCAAGGCGUCGAUUGUGCAAGACGCGGGCAGCUGCAGUUCUCCACCGCUUGACGAAGCACGGAACGAGGUGAAGAGUGACUCUGGCGGAUACCUUUCGCAUACAAUCGUCCCGUCUUUGGUCACAGUGCGGCGGCCGCCGGCCAGCGGGUGAGAAGGCUGAACCCAUGGGAAGGACUUUCGGUCCCAGAUGACCCUGUCGACGGCCUCGGCAGGCUUUGUCUCUCUGGUGGCGAUCGAGACAACCGCAGUCGCGAGCUUCUCAGACUCUCCUGCAGUCGGAUCCAUCGCUGACACCCAGCUCAGCUCCUUAUUGGGGCAGCAGCUGCGUCCCAGGCGCGUCAAGGUCGGUCGAGGGCCCAGCUCGAUCAGGACCUCACUGCCGAGAGAAACUGCUUUCUGGACACCCUGCAUGAACUUGACCGGCUGUACGAUGUGUUCGGCCCAGUACUCGGGCGCUGUUACCAUCGCGUCGACAGCGAUAUCGCCACACACCGUGGAGACGAACUGGAUAUCAGAUGCUGCCCCGCUCAGAGAAGUCUUGCUCAGCGUCUCCUUGAGUAGACCGACGGACUCAGCAACCAGGGGUGAGUGGAAGGCAUGCGAUACCGGCAGCAGUUGGAAGGUCUCCUCGCAUCGCAUGGCCCGAAGAGCUUUCUUGACCAUAUCUGCCGAUCCCGACAGGACAAUGCUGUUGGGCGCAUUGAUGGCAGCCACCUCAAGACCCUUGGACAAGCCUGGACCUGCAGGACAGCGCAGCAACGACACAGACAGAUCAUUUCCGCGUGCCACCCACGUGUACCUUUCAGCGAUGCUUACCCGAGGAAUGGCGGGACCGCACUUUCUCCACUGCUCCGAGUGCGUCUUGGCACUUGGCUCGGCAAGCCGCCAUCACGCCCAUUUGCGAACGCAUCUCCUGCAUGAUGCGAGCCCUCUGCACGACUGCCUCCAGCCCACCUUCAAGCGAAAAGGUGCCAACAAUGGUUGCGGCGACGUACUCGCCCAGGCUGUGACCCAGGACGCACUCAGGGCGAAUCCCCUGCUUCAUGAGAAGCAGCGCAACUGCGUAUUCGAUGGCGAAGAUGACAGGCUGUGCGAAUUGUGUUUGGGCGAGGACGGCCGUGACCAUGGGCAGGUGGACGUCCGAGGGGUUCAAGAGCAUCUGCAGAGGGACAGGCAGAUGGGGCGCCAGGACCUGGCCGCACCGGUCGAUGGUCUCACGGAACAGCGGCUCCUUCAGAUACAGCUCCUGGCCCAUC